AGGGGGGGUGGGAUGUGGUGCUGCGGCGGCCGCCACCGCAGCUGCCGCUGCCUGCUCGCGGCUGGGUGUCCCGGAGGCGGCUGCUGGGAGCCGCGGGAGCAGCUGCGGUGCUCUGCCAUAUUGUGUCUGGCCCGGCCCGACCCCCGCCUCCCUUUACGCGGCGGCUUGAGCUGACGAACUAUACGAGUAAAUGGGUCCAGUAAUUGGAAUGACUCCAGAUAAGAGAGCUGAGACCCCAGGAGCCGAGAAGUUUGCAGGACUAAAUCAGAUUUAUAAAAUGGGAAGCUUGCCUGAAGUUGGGGAUGCUGCAAGGCCAAAGGCCACUCUAGUGGGCACUGACUCAGCAGAUGACGAACUCACAAACUUGAACUGGCUUCAUGAAAAUAGUAAUCUUCUAACAAACUUCAGGCUUGGAAGUGAAGGUUUUCCAAUGGUUAGUCCGUUGUAUGACAUAGAGGGAGAUGAUGUGCCGGUCUUUGGACCAUCCUGCUACCAGAACCCAGAGAAAAAGUCAGCGACUUCAAAGCCCCCGUACUCCUUCAGUCUUCUCAUUUAUAUGGCUAUUGAACACUCUCCAAAUAAAUGUUUGCCAGUCAAAGAAAUUUAUAGCUGGAUUCUGGACCGUUUCCCAUACUUUGCCACCGCACCCACAGGCUGGAAGAAUUCUGUUCGGCAUAAUCUAUCCCUGAAUAAAUGUUUUCAGAAAGUGGAAAGGAGCCAUGGCAAGGUUAAUGGAAAAGGUUCCUUAUGGUGUGUUGAUCCAGAAUAUAAGCCCAAUCUUAUGCAGGCCUUGAAGAAGCAACCUUUUUCCUCUCCACAGAGUGGUUCUUUAUCACCUCACUACUUGAGCUCUGUUCUCAAGCAAAGUCAAGUGCAAACUCUUAAAGAAUCUGAUAUUGAUGCUGCCACUGCAAUGAUACUUUUAAAUACUUCAAUAGAACAAGAGAUUUUAGAAUGUGAGAAGCCAUCACUGCAGAAGAAGAGGGGUUACAGCAGUGCAUUCAGUGCCCCUGGCGCUGUGCGGCUGCAGGAGAGCCAUCCUCCAGCCGCCAGCAUCGACCCGAAAGCAGACCACAAUUACAGUGCCAAUAGCAUGGCAGCUCAGCGCUGCGCAUCCAGGGCGAGCGUGUCUUCCCUGUCUUCUGUGGAUGAGGUGUAUGAAUUCAUCCCGAAGAGUAGCCAUGUGGGAAGUGAUGGCAGCGAGGGCUUCCACAGUGAUGAGGACACGGAUGCUGAAGAUGAAGACGAUCGUCUGGGAGACAGCGGCUAUGCACCACAAGCUCAUGAAGACAGUGCUCCCGAAGGACAGCCAGGCAAAAAGAAGAGGAAACAGUCAUGUCAAGAAAUUGACGAGGAACUCAAAGAAGCAGCGGGGUCGCUGCUCCACCUUGCUGGAAUCCGAACCUGCCUUGGUUCCCUCAUAAGUACUGCGAAGGCACAGAGUCAGAAACACCGGAAGAAGUAGGAAUCCUUACUAAAGUGUGGCAAUACUCUUCUACUUAACUCUUCACAAGGGAUAUCAGAGCCAUAGCGGACUUCUUAGCUUGAGGGUAGGGGAGGAGUGCCACUUGUUUCUUUCUAAAUAUUUUUUUGGUUGCUUUUCAUUUUUUGUUUUGUUCCAUUAAACAGUUGCUUUUAGGAUCAUGACUAAUUGUAAAUUUGAUAUAAGAGUCCCCAAACAAUUUCUGUGAAUAACUGUCUCCCAGAUUUGGAAAAUUUUGUAUAAGAAAAUUCUCAGCCUCUGUCUUAAACUUGUAAGGGGAAAAAAAUCAAUCUCUUGUUAAUUGGUCAAAUACAAGAACUGAUAGCUCAGUAUUUUCACUUUUGUUCCCAUUGUGUAGUCAACUGUAGUUACUCAUGUAGCUAAGCACAGGCUGGCAUCUUUCUCACGUGCUCUUCUCCUGACAUAAUCCAGAGGUGAAAUGCACAUCUUCUGUCUUAUUGUUUUAAGUUAUUCUUUGUCGCAGCAUGAGCAUGGCCAAACAUAAAUGGAAACGAUCCUAGAUGCCUAGAAGGUUCUCUGGUUUGUAGGGGUGUGGCUCAUCUCCAGAUGGGAAUUCCUACUGCAAUAUCUUUGAAAUGUUCUUACCUCACAGUUAAUGCACAGCAUCCCUGGGGCCUUUACCCUUUCCCAGAGUACUUUGCAAGUGUUGUUUGAGUUUUAGCUACUAGCUGUCUUUGUUAAGUAAAAAUUGUCCAGUGAGAAGAUACAGUCAGAAUGUAUCUGACUGUAUGACAUGGGAUAACAUACACCUCUACACACUUUAAAAGAGAAUCUUGCAUUUAUUUUCUAAACAUAGUGUGAUGAAAUAUUGGGAAGACAUGCUGUAACAUCUUAAGUAAAAGUAGGUCAUUGAGGACAAAACUUUCUAAGCUUUGUGUAAAUUAAAGUUAUAUGUGUAAUGAAUAGACUUAAAACAUUUGAUAGGAAACUGUAGAGAUAAACAUCUUCAGGGAUUUCAAAAUAGGUAUAAAAAUUAGAUCUUAUACAGAACUUUUUAAGAGGCAAUGUAAUACCUCUAUGUGCCAUUAAUCCAUGAUAAAAUAUUUUAUAUUACUAUUCCAAACGGCAUUGGCCAAGAUAUUUUACGUAUUUCAACAAAACCGCCUAUAUGAGACAGUUUUCAUAUCACAGUUUGACUAUAGUAUUCAGAACAGGGAUACUAAUACUGUAGCUCACAAAUAUAUUUUUUUACAGUGGUGGGAGAAACUUUGAGAAAGUUUAGUCUUAUUUCAUGAUGCACCCUGCAUUCCAGGCAGUGACCUUCUUUGCAUUUUUCUAAUUUAUAGGCAUAGAUACACUUGCUGUAUGCACACACAUACAGGCUCAGGUUAGU